AUGAAUGUCGAACAACUGAAAACUUUGUGUGAGGAAGGAAAAUUCUAUGAAGGACAACAAAUGUUUGUGGUUCUUUAUAACAAGACAUAUAAACAAGAGAAAUAUGAUAAAUGUGCUCAGAUUUUACUUUCGGGAAUUAAUAAGAUGCAUCAAUAUAAACAAGUAGCUCUCAUGAUUGAUCUAGCGAAAUAUUUAGUUUCAAUGUUUACUAAAAUGGAUGCAUCCACCACUCAUAAAUAUGCCAUAAAGGACGAUCAGAUAGCAGCAAUAGAUAUUAUCAAACAUGUUAUUGAGUUAUAUCACGAAUUGGAAGACAAUGCACCAAAAGAAGAUAUUCAAAGAAUGAUUGGAUUUUUGGAGAAGGUAGUUACGUGGAGUGCUCAAUCUCAAGUUCCGAAAAUUUCCGAUAAUCACGGAGAACCUUUUAUUCACAUGGAAUUGGGAAAACUAUAUUUUACAUUAGGAAAUUAUGAAGAAAGUAACAAAAACUUUUUGAAAUCCAACUCUCCUGAUGAGUUUUCUGCCAUGAUUUCAGAAUGGAUGAAAAAAGGAGAAAAAUCAGAAUUUGAUUUAUUUAUUACUCGGGCAGUAUUACAAUUAUUAUGUGCCAAGAAGGAAGAAAUGGCAAGAAAAGUCUACAAGCUGCUUAUUGAAAAAACUGAAAAGGAGACUGCAACUCCACUUUUGAAUUUUGUGAAAUUCUUACUUCUUUCCAUUGAAAAGAAUAACCUAGCUCUGUUCACAUACAUCACAAACAAAUAUCAAUCCGAGCUUACUAGAAGAGAUGCUAGUUUUAAGGAGCUCUAUACUGAUAAGAUUGCGUCUAUUUAUUUUGGAGUCAAGUCCGCCAAAAGUCAAACGGGUUUGAGUUCCAUGAUCAAUUCUCUUUUUUCUUCCAUGAUGAAAUAA